AUGUCGAGACUUACCUCCAAUGAUAGCCUCCCUGCCCAAGAAAACAGCAAGCUCCCAGAGCUCUCGGUUGCCUGUAGUAACUGUCGCAACCGCAAACUGCGCUGCUCCAGGGAAACACCCGCAUGUCAACACUGCCGCAAAAAUGGAAGCAACUGCGUGUACGAUCCCAAACGGUCGAAGCCGGGAAUUAAAUCCGGGGCUAUUGAAAAUAUACACCGACGGCUAGAAUUGCAGACGAGGCUCACGUGCCCACCGCUAGAUCGUCUGGAAGACUUUGUUCUCGACCGACUGGGAGACGAUACACCAGACGAGUCCAAUCAACGAACACAGCCGAGUACAAACCAGUCCACGGCAGGUUCUAUUCUCUCUGCGCUGGCACGGGAGCUUCAGGCAUUCAACGACCAGCCGUCACCCGAGGCCGCCGAUCGCCGAGCUAAACGACAACGGGUAGACCACCAGGUCGGCCAUUCUCGGUCUUCGCUGCCGGACGUGGAUCCCCGCUUAGUCCUUGAUUUGCUCAGCCCUAACACGAUUGAGGAUGUUUUGCAGACUUACUUCAAGUAUAUACACCCGUGGAUCCCUCUCGUCCACGAAGACAGCUUGCGUAGACGACUUCUCGAUCCACGACAUAGGUCAAAGCUGGACGUCCUGGUGCGAGCGAUGAUAUUAGUAUCUGGGAGAUUCAUACAGCGCCACGAGGCCGUAUCCGACAUCUCCCUGGCGGAUCUGGCUACGGAGCAGGCCAGGAGACUGGUCGUUUCGACUUCGAUGGAUUGCUUAAGCGUUGAAAAUCUCCAGGCCCUCGUAAUUUGCGUGUUUAAUGACAUUGGAAAUGGGUGGGGGGACAAGGCAUGGUCCUUAGUCGGAUCGCUGACGCGGACCGUUGAAUAUUUGAAACUGACAGUCGAAGACGAGGACUGCCGAAGCCGUACAUCGAUUUCAAGGCCGUUUAUCUCUCUGGCCCCUCCGCAGAGCUGGGUCGAGGCAGAGGAGCGACGUCGGGUGUUCUGGAAUGUAUUCAACCUGGACCGCUUUUGCUCGGUGGCAAUGGGUUGGAACACUAGCCUUACCUCGGACGAUGUGCACCGCCGUCUUCCUUGCGAUGGAGUCUAUUGGAGAAGAGAUAAACCCAAUGUGACGGCCUUUUUUGGCAUCUGGGACAAGUCAGCCGCGCGGAUGGGGAAUCCUGUUGCCUUGCAUCCGGCCCAUUACGUGUCUCCGCAAGGUACAGGGACUAAUGACGCCCCAAAACAGAGUCUAGCCGACGCCAGUGACUCUGUCUCAGCGCCAGAAGAUCCCCUGAUGGAGGCUGCUGGGGCUUUCGCCUACCGGAUCGAAGCAACCGAGUCGCUGAGCCGCGUCAUGACCUACUUCCUUCAACAAAAGAUCGACACGCACAGUCCAGAGAACGUCACCAGCUGGCUCACACGGUUCAAAGAACUGGACCUACGCCUGGUCCACUGGAAGAUGCUGCUGCCGAAGAAGUGGAAAGCCGCAAACCCUACCAACACAACUGUCGACCCUUACGGCGCAAUCAACCAGGACGACCCACCCAGUAGCAGUGGAGGAGCAACGGGGCUUGGAUUCGAUGCCAAACACCCAACAGUAGUGAUGGAUCCAAAUCUCACAUUGGCUCACAUCACCCACAAUGCUUCCAUGAUUCUCUUACAUCAGCCGAUUGCGUUUCCCCCCCACGACUGGGCUUUCCGCAGCCGAUUACCCAGCAGUUGCUCUGCAGAAACCUGUCAGCAGGCGGCGGUUGAAAUCGCCACUAUUACUGAACAAUAUCUUAAAAUGUCUCCCGCAACCUUCCCCGUCUAUCCCCAGUUUUCAUUCUGCGUAUAUGUGGCCGGCCGACUCCUGCUAGCCUAUAGGAUCUACUACAGUGGAGAGAGCACUGCUCUAUACUCCAGAUCGGGUGUGGAUGACAGAUUCUGGACGCUGGUCCGAAGCCUAGAUGAGAUGUCGCGCCGAUGGAACGGGAACAUUAUGGUCAUGCCAGAGACCACAAAUGUGACCGAGGACUUGGCGGCAAAAUACGCCUCAAAGCUGAGGGAGAUGAACGAGAUGUGCACACAGGGUCUGGGCUACAAAAUAAAUGUCCUGGAUUACACGCAAGAUAUCGACCAUUGUAACAGGAAGAUCGGCCGUAUUGUAGGGGAUCACGUACCUGUGUCAACUCCAAAUGACGCGACCCGACAGCCAUAUCUACACUGGCAGACACAGUCAGAACACAACUCCCAAGGUGUUGGAAAGCCCAAGGAGAACCAGCCGAAUGGGAGCCUCAUCAAUGCGGCACCAGCGAUGGCAUUACCCUGCCCUUCAACCUCAACACAGCUUCCUAGAAAUCCUAACGACCGACACCAGACAAUGUACGGGCAAGAAGCUUACUCCCCAGGGAGAGAUCAAGUGCCCUGCGACCUAGGUGCUAUUUCACAAGUAUUGCUGGGCCAUCAAUUCAUGGAUUUGGACCGGAUUAUCAGCUUUGAUAACGGAAUGUUCAGUGCCAAUCUAGAACAAUAUUGGUGAAGUGCGAU